AUGCCGGCAUGUGUCGUCUCACAUGUCCUUGUGAUUGGAAAUUUGGGAGGAAGGUUGAGAAAGCUUCAGGAGCAGGAGAUGGCACUCGAGAAUCGGAUGGCGCAAGGAGGUUCUAUUCCCGCUCGGAGCAAGGCAACAGAGAAACAGGCUUCCGAAGGAAGUCGUGGUGAAAAAUUCUGGAAAUAUUCCAGCAAAGCGUUAGAAGAGGUGGGAAGGGCGCAAGAAGUCUUGACAAAGAGUCACCGAAAGUGGGGGGAGGUUGACCGAGAGAAAGCCGUGAUCGAGUCUAGCUUGAACUGGUUGUCCAAGCGUCUCGGGACAGACGUUGGGUUGGGUACAGCAAUGCCUAAGAAAGCGGGGCACCCGCCAAUUCGCCCCUCGACCUAG